AUGGCGGAUUUUACUACCUCUAUUGAGAAGCUCAAUAACAACAAUUAUGGGUCAUGGAGUACUCGUAUGAAGUUUUAUUUGCUCGGGCAAGAUUUAUGGGAUAUUGUGAACGGAGCUGAGACGACGCCACCAAGAGAAGCAAGAAGCACAUACACAACUUCUGACACCUCAACCUCAACACCGGUGAAAUCUCUUUGUGAUGAGAUUUCUAAGCUAGAUCCUGAAAAUGGAAUUACACAGACCAGAAUGAAAAGAAUUAUCAUUCAUGGUCUUAAGCCAGAAUACAAGAGUAUUAUCACGGCGACUCGGGGAUGGGCUACCGAGCCAACUUUAGCCGAUCUAGAGAAUUUGCUAAUCAAUGAGGAGGAUCUAGAUAAAUCCACGCUUAGCGGACCAACCAACGGUGAAGAGACAGCGUUAUUCACCAAUAGAAGAAGCAUGCAAGGGGAGCUCGUGGAGCUCAAAAUAAUCAUGGUGGUCAGAACUGAUGGCAACAAAAUAAUAAUCAAAGCGAUGAAUGUUACAAUUGCGGCAAGAAGGGACAUUAUGCAAGGAAUUGCUGGUCCAAGAAAAUUGAAGGAAAUGCUGCAACAUCUUCAAGGAAUGAAGGAAAUYGAGAAGAAGAUUGGGAAUUUGAAACUUCUUUUUCUAUGGAGGAAGUAA